AUGGUGGAGGCGGCGCCCCCCGGGCCCGGGCCGCUGCGCCGGACCUUCCUGGUGCCGGAGAUCAAGGCGCUGGACCAGUACGACUUCUCGCGCGCCAAGGCGGCGGCCAGCCUGGCCUGGGUGCUGCGGGCCGCCUUCGGGGGCGCAGAGCACGUGCCCUCGGAGCUGUGGGAGCCCUUCUACACGGACCAGUACGCGCAGGAGCACGUGAAGCCCCCGGUGACGCGGCUGCUGCUCUCGGCCGAGCUGUACUGCCGGGCCUGGCGCCAGGCGCUGCCCCAGCUGGAGGCGCCCCCCGGCCCCUCUGCUCUGCUGGCCCUGCUGGCCCGGAGGGGCACGGUGCCCGCCCUGCCCGAGCGCCCCGUGCAGGAGGCCGACCUGCGGCACCAGCCCGUCCUCAUGGGAGCCCACCUGGCUGUCAUUGACGCCCUCAUGGUGGCCUUCGCCUUGGAGUGGACGAAGACGCUGCCCAGCCCGCUGGCGCUGGCCAGCCUGGAGCACAAGCUCCUCUUCUGGGUGGACACGACGGUCCGGCGGCUGCAGGAGAAGACGGAGCAGGAGGCAGCCCGGCGAGCAGGGCCCGCGGCGCCCGCGGACGGGGUGGCCCCAGCGCAGCCCUCGAUCCGGUAUCGCAAGGACCGCACUGCGGCCCGAUGUGCCCCCUGCUUUCCCACCGUGACUGGCCUCCAGGACCUGUCCAGCGGGGCCGCCCUGGCCGCCACGAUCCACUGCUACUGCCCCCAGCUGCUGAGACUGGAGGAGGUGUGCCUCAAGGACCCCAUGUCGGUGGCGGACAGCCUGUACAACCUCCAGCUGGUGCAGGAUUUCUGCGCCUCCCGCCUUCCCCGUGGUUGCCCGCUGUCCCUGGAGGACCUGCUCUAUGUGCCGCCACCCCUCAAGGUCAACCUCGUGGUGCUGUUGGCGGAGAUGUUCAUGUGCUUCGAGGUGCUGAAGCCGGACUUCGUGCAGGCCAAGGACCUGCCUGACGGCCACGCCGCGUCCCCCCAGGCCACCGAGGCCGCCACCCCUCAGAACAGCAGCGGCAGUAGUUCUCCUGUCUUCAACUUCCGCCAUUCGCUCCUGUCACCUGGUGGCCCCCAGUCCCCACUCCGAGGAUCCACAGGCUCACUGAAGUCCUCCCCAUCCAUGUCCCAUAUGGAGGCCCUGGGCAAGGCCUGGAACCGGCAGCUCAGCCGUCCCCUUUCCCAGGCUGUGUCAUUCAGCACCCCCUUUGGCCUGGACAGCGACGUGGACGUCGUCAUGGGAGACCCGGUCCUUCUCCGCUCUGUCAGCUCAGACAGCCUGGGCCCCCCGCGCCCAGCGCCGGCCCUGGCCCCCGCCCACCCACCCCCGGAGCCCGGAGACCUGCCCACCAUCGAGGAAGCCCUGCAGAUCAUUCACAGCGCCGAGCCCCGGCUACUCCCGGACGGGGCUGCUGACGGCAGCUUCUACCUCCACUCGCCCGAGGGGCCCUCCAAACCCCCGCUGGUCUCCCCCUACCCCCCCGACAAAGCACCCGCCUACUUGCCCCAUGAGAGCCCCUCAAAACUGUCCCCCUGCCGGGCAGGGGAGGCACUGUCUGAGGGCUCCCCGAAGGCGGGGUCAGCCUCAGCUGCCAGCAACUCUGAAGUGAAGAUGACCAGCUUUGCUGAGCGCAAGAAGCAGCUGGUGAAGGCCGAGGCCGAGGCAGGGGCGGGCUCCCCGGCGUCCCCCCCCGCAGAACCGGCGGCUCUGAGCUCAGAGAUGAGUGAGCUGGGAGCCCGGCUGGAGGAGAAGCGGCGGGCCAUAGAGGCCCAGAAACGGCGGAUAGAAGCUAUCUUUGCAAAGCACCGCCAGCGACUGGGCAAGAGCGCUUUCCUGCAGGUGCAGCCCCGGGAGGCCGGAGGGGAGGCCGAGGCCGAGGCCGAGGCCGAGGCAGGCCCUGCCCCUGGUGGGGAGCGGCCAGCGGGGGAGGGCCAGGGUGAGCCGUCCUCACGGCCCAAGGCGGUGACUUUCUCACCAGAACUGGGCCCAGUGCCCCCCGAGGGCCUGGGGGACUAUAACCGGGCAGUCAGCAAGCUGAGUGCUGCCCUGAGCUCAUUGCAGCGGGAUAUGCAGAGGCUCACAGACCAGCAGCAGCGGCUCCUGGUCCCGCCCGAGGCCCCCGGACCCACCCCACCUCCUGCUUCGUGGGUCAUCCCUGUCCCCAUGGUGGGUCCCAAGGCUGCAUCUGCCAGCCCCACACGGCGAGCCCCCGCCGUCCGGCGCAGCCCGGGGCCUGGCCCCAGCCCGACGCCCCGCAGCCCGAAGCACGCGCGGCCAGCAGACCUGCGACUGGCGCCCCUGACCAGGGUGCUCACGCCUCCCCACGACGUAGACAGCCUCCCGCACCUGCGUAAGUUCUCGCCGAGCCAGGUGCCCAUGCAGACGCGCUCCUCCAUCCUGCUGGCGGAGGGGCCGCCGCCAGGGGAGCCCGCGGCCAGGCCCGGCCUCAUCGAGAUCCCCCUGGGCAGUUUGGAAGAGCCCUCGGCCGAGAAUGCGGGGGAUGGGAGCCCCCCUGGUGCCGACGAUUCCCUAGAGGAGGACGGCUCUUCAGAGGGAGCUCCCCGCACUGGGCUGGGCUUCUUCUAUAAGGAUGAAGACAAGCCCGAGGACGAGAUGGCCCAAAAGCGAGCCAGCCUGCUGGAGCGGCAGCAGCGGCGGGCGGAGGAGGUGCAGCGCCGGAAGCAGUGGCAGGAGGCCAAGAGAGAGCAGCAGAGGGAGGAGGCUGCACGGCUGGCCCAAGAGGAGGUGGCCCCUGCGCCCCCCGCCCCCGCUGCAGAGGAGGUGGGCCCCCGGCGUGGGGAGUUCACUCGGCUGGAGUAUGAGCGCCGGGCCCAGCUGAAGCUGAUGGAUGACCUGGACAAGGUGCUGCGGCCGCGGGCCUCGGGGCCAGGCCGGGGCGGACGGAGGGCCCCCCGGCCACGCUCUGGCUGCUGUGAUGACUCUGCUCUGGCUCGAAGCCCAGCCCGCGGCUUGCUGGGUUCCCGGCUCAGCAAGGUCUACUCCCAGUCUACCCUGUCCCUGUCCACAGUGGCCAAUGAGGCCCCCAAUAACCUCGGCGUGAAGAGGUCCACGUCUCGGGCUCCGUCCCCGUCGGGCCUCAUGUCCCCAAGCCGCCUUCCUGGCAGCCGUGACUGGGAGAACGGCAGCACGGCCUCCUCACCUGCUUCAGUGCCUGAGUACACCGGUCCCCGGCUGUACAAGGAGCCCAGCGCCAAGUCCAACAAGUUCAUCAUCCACAACGCCCUGUCGCACUGCUGCCUGGCGGGCAAGGUGAACGAGCCGCAGAAGAACCGCAUUCUUGAGGAAAUUGAGAAGAGCAAGGCCAACCACUUCCUGAUCCUCUUCCGGGACUCAAGCUGCCAGUUCCGGGCCCUGUACACGCUGUCAGGGGAGACGGAGGAGCUGACCCGGCUGGCGGGCUACGGCCCCCGCACCAUCACGCCCGCCAUGGUUGAAGGCAUCUACAAGUACAACUCCGACCGCAAGCGCUUCACCCAGAUCCCCGCCAAGACCAUGUCCAUGAGCGUGGAUGCCUUCACCAUCCAGGGGCACCUCUGGCAGAGCAAGAAGCCCACCACCCCCAAGAAGGGGAGUGGUACCCCCAAAUAG